AAUUUCAGCUCUCCACGUCCUCCGGUGUGUCCAAACGUCAGAAGUUGCCACGAAUGCACAGCAGCAUGAUGUGGAGGUUUGUGAGCUGCACACUGUGGCUCUUUGUCUCUUCACAGCUCAGUUUCUGGUGUGUUUGGGCGACAGCAGCUGAGCUGGACGGCGACGUCAGGAUUGAAGUUUUGUUCAAGCCCGAGCAGUGCACUCCAAAGAGUAAAAGAGGAGAUCUGAUGAACGUCCAUUACGAUGGGUUCCUCGCCAAAGAUGGUUCUCAGUUCUACUGCAGUCGAUCAGACAAAGCUGGGCACCCUCAGUGGUUUGUGCUGGGCGUCGGACAAGUCAUUAAGGGCCUUGAUAUUGGGAUGGAAGAUAUGUGUCCUGGAGAGAAGCGAAAAAUAACUGUUCCCCCUGGCCUGGCCUUUGGAGAAAAAGGCAAAGAUCCAGUGCCACCCAAUGCUACGGUGGUGUUUGAGGUGGAGGUCUACUCUGUGUCCAGGGGACCGCGCAGCAUGGAGGCUUUCGGACAGAUGGACCUUGAUAGAGACAGAAGUCUCACAAAGGCUGAGGUGAAAGAAUACUUGAAACUGGAGUAUGAAAAGGGCGGGAAGGCACGCGACGACCCUUUCUACGAGAAGAUUAUGGCUGAUAUAUUCCGCAAGAGUGACCACGACAGAGACGGGCUGAUCAGUGCCAAGGAGUAUAAUAUUUAUGAACACGAUGAGCUCUAGUGUUGGAAGAAGUGGAUCUCGGUAAUUGUUUAUGUAGUUUAUGUACAUUGAUUAAUUUGAGAGAAAACAUAAAUGGGGAAGGGAAAACUCCACCCUCAGAUGUUCGUAUAUUGCCGAUGUUCUUUUUGCUAUAAAUAUGUUAUGGCAGUGAAUAUUACAAGGUUUUGACCAGUUCUGCCCUAGCUGUUAAAAAAAGAUUUGAACAGUUUCGGGCUGGAUUUUUCCUUUUUAGAAGGAAGUAACUUCAUUAAGGUAUUUGGAGUCCCCAAGACAUCUUUCCAAGCCAGCAAACUAGGCACUCAAUUUGCAUAGUUUAAAAGUAUUAAACUAUGCAAACUCGUCUCCAACACCUGUGAAAACCUUUGUGCAAAUACCACUAAAUGUAAGCAUUUAAACUGUUUUUUUUUUCUGUCUUUAAGUUUUGUCUUUUGGUAAACAUUGAUUCAAUUUGCGGCACAAAAAAAAGAAACCACAGGAUUGCAAUAUGUUGUGGAAUCCUUGUCUUUGAAACUGUAACCUGACUGCCCUGUCAAAUGAGAUUUGAGAGGAACCAGACACAAGAGAGAGAAAGACACAAGAGAGAGGAGCUUCAGUUGUCCCAACUUCCUGUGAGUUUUCUGCCCUCUAAUCUGCAAUAUCCCACCAGUGUACAUAUUGAGAAGGUGACUGCAAAGACUUCUUUCCUUCCAGGAAAGGAUGUCCAAUUACAAGCAAGGUUAAAAUAAAUGACAGCACAUGUGGAUGUGAUUGACAAGUUUGAAUAACAUUGAUGAUAAAAUGCACGUUUUACAAGUUUUGUGUACAUCUUUACGUGGUAAAAAUCAGGAUUUUCAUUGUAUCCAGUUGAACAAUUGUAUUUAGGAACAAUCAAUGAAUAAACCAUAGUGUAUGUGGAAAACUA